CAAAACUCCAAAGUCCAAACUCCAACGCACCGAAUAUUGAGAUUGAACUCGAAGAUAGUGUCGGCAACCAGUCACCACCGGAGAACAGGUAAAUUGCUUUCUUUGUCUUCAACAACAGGAACAGACGAACAAGUCCAUUUGGAUCUUUUUAGAAGCCAAGAAGAUAGGACUUCAAAAUAUUAGGUCAUGGAUACAGCAAUUCAACUGCCAGAAAAAACAGAAGGCAUUAAGAAGAGAAAAUCUCGGUGCAGUAAGGGUCGCAAGGAAAGGAAGAGAUUAAAAGCCUUUUCGGGUACUGGAGAAAAGGUCAAAAUAGAUAAGAAAAUGAAAAUGUUGUUUCGCAAGAGGGCAAGGGAGUACAAUUCAGAUGAUGACGAUGAGUCUAAUCCUGAAGUUGGAGAAGCUAAUACAAGGCCUCUUGAUCACAAAGAGUUUUCAGUUGGGAAUUCUAGUGAAGAGGAGGGUAUAGAUGGCUCUGAUCCUGGUGCUGUUGAAGAAAAGGGGGAUUCUGAAGAUGAGGAAGAUAGAACUCAGCCAGGAGUGACAAAGUUCACAGAAGGUUGUAGAGCAUUCAGGGUAGCCUUCAUGAAGAUCACUAAGACAAAUGUGUCAAGAUAAUUCACUGGGUCCUGUCUUGUCCGCACAGAAGAGGCUUGUUGCCAAGAAGCUUGCUGAAGAAGAAGCUGAAUGGAAGUCUAAGGGGGAGGCUAAGAAGGAGAAACAUUUGGUCAACAAAGCACAAAAUGCUCAAAAAGGAUUAAAUCCAUCAAGGUCUAAAGAUGCAAAAGUGUUAGGGAAGCGGCAGAAAGAAGCUUUCUUCUCAGAGUUACGGAAGCCAUCACAAGCUGCUGACCCUCCUGCCAAGGGUGAUGAUGGCCCUGCUUGGGCUCCAUUACGUGAUAGUUAUAUGCUUACAAGUUUUAAAUUGAAAGAUUGGGAUAAAAUGCCGGAGACGACUGUGGGAAAUGAUAUGGAUGGGAUUCCACUGGACGGUUCCUCCGAUGGUUCCUCUCAAGAUGAUUGAACUCACGGAUCUUUUGGAAAAUGUGAUUGUGUGAAAGGGUGGGCCAUUUUGCAGGGGAAUUGUUUUAAGGGUUUUCAUAAGGCUCAGUUUGGAAGGAGUACAAAUAUCAAAUAUAAAUAUGUAGAGUGCAAAACCUUACAUUUUGUAUUAUUUUGUAUGUAUUUAUAUUUGUACUCCUUCCAAAAUGAGCCUAAAGUUCAAGUUGUGAUUCCUUAUUUUGUUGUAGUAAAUUAUUACUAUAUUAUAAGGUAGUAAUUUUCUUUCCCA